AUGGGGACCCCAACGUCCCCCCCUUUAACCCCCAUAGGGGGCAAUGGGGACCCCAACGUCCCCCCUACGGGGUUUCCCUUCCCGUUCCCCCCCCAGCUCCGCCGCCAGGCCCGGGAGCGCCGCGAGUACCUGCAGCGGCGGGCGCAGGAGGAGCGGCAGCGGCGGCAGCGGGACCGGAAGGAGCGGCUGCGGCAGGCGCUGGAUGAGAACCGGCUGCUGCCCACGGAGCUGCGCCGCGAGGCCUUGGAGCUGCAGAAGGAGCUCGAGGUGGAGACGCCGGGGGUAGGGGAUGCCUCCGGUAACCAUGACGACGAGUACCGGUGGGCGGGGCUGGAGCCGCCCAAGGUGAUGGUGACGACGUCACGUGACCCCAGCGUCCGCCUGCGGAUCUUUGCCAAGGAGCUGUGCCUGCUGAUCCCCGGUGCCCGCCGCAUGAACCGGGGCCACGCGGAGCUCGGGGCGCUCGUGGCUGCGUGCCGGGGCGCCGGCGUCACCGACCUGGUGCUGCUGCACGAGACCCGAGGGAGGCCCGAUGGGCUCUGCCUCUGCCACCUCCCCCACGGCCCCACCGCCCAUUUCACGCUGAGCGGGGCCGUGCUGAGGCAGGAGGUGGGGGGGCUGGGGGGGGCCCCGCUGGCUGCCCCCCAUCUGCUGCUGCUGCGCCUCGACUCGGCCCUGGGGCGCAGGGUCGGGACCAUCCUCAAGCACCUCUUCCCCGUGCCCCGGCCGGACACGCGCCGGGUGGUGACGUUCGCCAAUGAGGAUGACGUCAUCCUGGUCCGGAACCACGUUUACCGGCGCCGGGGCCGCAAAGUGGAGCUGGAGGAGGUGGGACCCCGGUUCCAGCUGCGGCCCUACCUCAUCCGCUUGGGGACCCUGGACCAAGGCGACGCCGCGGACGUGGAGUGGCGCUGGCACCCAUACACGGCCACUGCUCACAAGCGCCACCUGCUGGCAGCACCCAGCCCUGCACCCUGACCCCCACCU